GCUACAACACAACAGCUGAACUAUUGGGACCAAUUCACACCCUAAUCUCUAAGACUCACUAACUACUGAAAUGGCAGACAAGAACUUGUUGUUGGUAGAAAGCUUCUUCGACAACGACAGUGCAUUUGAGUCUGAUGGGACAGAUUUUGAUGAACUGGAUUGCUCUGAUCCUUUGGCCAUGAGUGGCAGGUGUGACUUGCACAAAGGGCUCCGGAUUGAGAUUUCUGAGCAGCCUCACACUAUGAGACAAGUGACAAAUAUCAUAAUUGCCCUACAAAAGUUCAAGCAAGUCCGGUCCACAGAAUUCACCGACCAUGAGCUAUUCAACAUCAUCAUUGAGAACAUAGUUGAAGAGAGUAUGGGCUUGAAGGUAAAUUGCGAAUUUUCAAGGACUUACAACAAGCAAGAUAGAGUCAUCCAGUGCACCGUGUGUGACGGCUUAAAGAAGAGUCUGGUGCAGAGCCAAGGUACCCCCAACCUGCUAGCGGUCACCCUAAGGGGUGGCAACAGCAACCGAAGUGUGGGCAUCAACCUAUCGACCUACACCACCCCAGGGUGCAAAGCCACAAAUGGCCAGCCAAUAUGUUUGAAGAUUGCUCAGAGCAACCUGUAUCUCGCAUGCACAAAGGAGUCUGGAACAUCAUCUCAACCUCAUCUCAUCCUAGAGGAUGUGAAGGACGAAGAGACUCUGAAGACCAUUGAGGAGAAUGAUGGCAUGGAGCGUUUCCUCUUUUUCCGAAAAGUUACUGGAGGCUCAAUUAACACAUUUGAAUCAGUGAAGUACCCUCACUGGUUCAUCAGCACCUCUAAGAAUGAAUCUAUGCCAGUGGAUAUGUGUGUUGAGGAGGACACCAGUCGUCAAAAAAUCUUUACACUCCAAGAUCAAAAAGUAAUCUAAGAAUCAGAUUUGAUUCAUGAUACUGAUUUUCCAGAAUGUAUGUACUAAGUACAGUUCUAAAUCUGGAAACUUGUGUUAUGUUUGAGUAAGUCUCAGUUAGAGAGCCCUGACCAACAAUCAUCCAUCUUUACACAAGAUGUUUAUUUCAUAAUUAAAUGUAAAUCAGGAAAAGUCAGAUGUAGAAAUGUUUUAGCUCUCUAGUGUUAUUUAUAAUUUUUUAUUUCAUUUAUUUAAUUUAAUAUUUAUUUCAGGAAAUCAG